GGCGAAGACGCUGCUUGCCUGCAUGCAUUCAGAACAGGAGGUUCAAAUUGGUUUGCCACAACAUGUCUGAGCUAGCCGAAAAACUCGCUCAUCGCAAUGCUCUCAACGAAGGAGUUGGAGAGAAAAAGAUGAGGAAGGUAUCUAACGUGUUCAUGGAGUUCCAGGAAUUCACACGGAAGCAAAUUAUGGACUACGAAAAAAUCUUCACUACGUAUGAUACUGGUGGCGAUAAAUUUAUUGACCAGAAAGAACUGCAAGUUAUGAUGGAGAAACUUGGAGCACCACAGACAUACCUUGGACUGAAAAACAUGAUCAAAGAAGUUGAUGAAGAUCAGGAUGGGAAAAUAUCUUUCCGAGAGUUUCUUCUGAUUUUCCGCAAAGCAGCGGAAGGCUUACUCGAAGCAGGCUCAGGCCUAUGUGAGCUCGCGCGGUUGACUGAAAUUGACGUCGAUGAAACAGGGGUAAAAGGUGCAAAGGAUUUCUUCGAAGCAAAAAUGAUGCAAGCGCAAGCUGGAAGUAAAUUCGAAAUGGAAAUGAGGCUCGAGCAAGAAGAGAAAAAGAAACAAGCCGAAGAGAAAAAAGUUCGUCAAGAAGCUUUCAAAAAUAAGCGCUCUGCAUUCCAGACGUUUUAAUUCCCCUAGCUAUGUUAUAAAUCUGUGUUUUUAAUAAUGAAUUUUGCUACAUUUUAAAGUGUGCUUCUGAGAAAUAACUAGCGAUUUUAAAGGUCCAUAAGA